AUGGAGCGCAAAGAGCAGCGGGGCGGGAGCUCGGGUGGCGGGCGGCGGACCGGCGGUCGCGGCGUGGCUGGCGAGAAGGAACCCGGACCGUGCGAGGACGGGACGGUGGUGCAGCGCACGCAGGUGGUGCUGCUGGCCGGCGAGUCGUGGGGCUCCGACGGGGGCCAAACCGUGCUCAGCUCCUUCGCGCACCACGUGCUGCCGGCCACGGGCGGCGCCGCCGGCAGCCCGGCCGGCUCCGCUGACUCUUGCGCCCCCGUUGCUACGCGGCCGCUCCCCGCGCCCGGUUCCCUGCCGUCCACGCCGUCGGGCCAGCUGAUCUUCUUCCUCUGCCGGCCGUCGUCGCUGCGGGAGCGGCCCGAUCGGUUGCGGGAAGUGUUGCAGGGCGUGCGGGAUCAAAGCCGGGACUCCCCGGCUGCCCUGGUGGGGGUGAUCGUGCAGCCGCGGCCCGACGAAGAAAAGUCGGCUCUCGUGCAACUCGAGAAAUUGCUCCGUGAGAUCUUCCAGUCCGAAGGUGCCGGAUCCAUGGAGGUGCACACGGCCGUCUUCGCACCGGGGCGACCCGACGGUGCCCUGGAGCUCAAGCGCGUCAAGGGCGGGGCAUCGGCCUGCUUAGUGCGGAUGAACAAAUCGGUGAUGCAAUUUUUUGGAGCAAUGCUGUGGUUUGGAAUCGUGGCAUAUGGAGGCUAUUACUUCUACAACUAUUCUACAGCAUGAAGCUUGCUCCCCUGCCUGCACAUCUCCCUCCCUACAUGGUUAAGGUCUCUUAUGCAUCUGGAUUUACAGCUGUCACCCAAAAUAAAAUUUAAAAAAAUCAAAAGUU